UAAUAACAUAGGAAGAAGUGUUGACGCCAUUUCAUUUCUCUCUUACCGGUUCUUUACUUUCCGACAAUUUAAUGUCCUUCCUAGUUAAAAACAGCACGACGUUCUUUUAAUGUUACCAGUGUUCUACCAUAUGGAGUUCUGGGUAUGUAGCAUUAGAUUACAAUCCGUUACAGCAGUCUCAAUAAAUUCCCAAUUUUUCCAUUAUUCCUGAGGAUGGGCUUCGCGGCACGGCCCUUCAAGCCGACUAUUCAAUCGCAACGGCGAACGCUUGGAAUCCAGAUCAUCUUCAUCGCCAGAGAAGAGAAAACCAGGCGGCGGCGGCGGUGUGGCAUGCAGCAGCCAUGGAUGAGGUGCCGGGAGCUUUUGGAACUAGUGCUAGUUUAGCUUUGAGAUUGGGGCAGACUGUCUUCUCCGUUGCGUCUCUGAUUUUCAUGUGCUUGGAUGUUGAGUUCUACAGUUAUACUGCCUUCUGCUUUUUGGUGACAAUCAUGGGUUUACUGAUACCAUGGAGCCUCUCGUUAGCAAUUGCAGACGUUAUCUGCAUAUUCUUCAGGCGUCCACCUCUUCAACCGGGACUGAUAUCCAUCCUCGUAUUUGGAGACUGGGUGCUCUCGUUUAUGUCUCUCGCUGCAUCCUGCUCGGCUGCAAGCGUGGCAGACUUCCUGCUCACUUCCGGGGCCUCGCCCUGCAGCGAGUUCUUGUGCAACCGAUACCAACUGUCUGCUGCCAUGGCCGUCUUGUGUUGGUUUCUUGAAUUCAGCUCGUCUCUCUUCAACCUGUGGCUUCUUCCAUCUCUGUAAAUACUUUAAUUUCGGAAACAUCUUGCUCAGGGCAUCUCAUCCGGAAACCAAAUGUAAUUGCUUAUAGAAUUUGUUCCCCAGAACAUGAUGUCACUGCAGCAGAGUUUCAAAGCAGAUCAAUUUAACCUUUUUUUUUUUUU